CUCGCGACCCCCCCAGGGGGUCCCGGAUUCCUGGUUGAGAAUCACUGCUAUAACUGACCGGGAGAGGGGCGGGGACUGAACAGGGAAGGGCCCAACCAGCGAAGGCCAGGAGCUGGGGUUUGACAUGGGGGAGGAGAGAGAACCAGGGGAGUGACACAACAGGGUGAUGUGGUUGGAGCAGAGAGCCGGGAAGCUCAUCCCAGGAGGAGGGUUUGAACAAGCCUGAGGGGGAGAUGAUCAGGCCUGGGCCCCACAAAUCAGAACAUCUGGUUUCUUUUUUAAGUUAAUUUUUAAAGCGGUGUGUGGUGGGGAUUGUUUGUGUUUCCCUACCUGGGUGUGUGUUGGAGUCGAACCCUCUCCGUGGAAUCGACUCUUAAAUUAACCUCUGGGCAGUUUAUUCCACAAUUUUCCCUUAAGGGUGUUUUCACAUUCCUGUAAAUCACCGGCUACUGGUCCCUCUUCGAGACACACCACAAGUCUUCUGCAGAUGUGCCAUUGAUCUGAUCCAGUGUGGCAAUUCCAACGGUCCUAAGUUAAAUUCUGGGUCUUUAUCCAAAUGAAACCUACUGAGGUUCACCCGUCACCAAGGCCCAAACUCAGCCCUGGUCUAAGUGGAUGCAGCUCCCAUGGAAGUCAAUGGGAGCAGGUCCAGACUGCACAAGAAGGUGCAGGAGCAGGGAUCUUAGACCUGGAGACUAAUUUUUCCUUUUUCCCCCUCAUUUCUGUCAGUUUGUCAAUAAUGAAGGACAUUGAUGAAAUACUGACGGAGUCGUUAUUGCCAGCAAGAGACAGAGUGAAGAGACACAUAGAUGAGCUUCGGGAAAUUGCAGAUGCUAUUGACAAGAUCCACAAAGGAGCAAGAAUAGCAAACGUUACUGGAGGGGCAGUGGGAAUUGCUGGGGGGAUAACAACCAUCGUAGGCCUCUGUCUCAUUCCUGUUACAUUUGGAGCAUCCCUGAUAGUCUCUCUUACAGGGCUUGCUGUUUCUACCGCAGGGGGACUGACCAGUGCAGCCGCAACUACCACAGAUAAAGUGGCAAGUAAAGUCAAGAGGGAGACAGUAGAGAAGCUCCUUCAGGAGUGUCAGACUGAGCUGGAACAUAUCAAAGACUAUGCAGAAAGAAUAGCUGAAAAAAUCCAAAACUUGAAAGAUAAUGAAAAGAAAGGUUUUGUGUUGGCAAUUCCACAGAUAGGUUCAGGGGCAGGACGAGCUGUUCUUAACACCAUGAAAAUGGUCAAAGCUGGUCAGCUCCUGGCUAAUGUUGGUAGAAUUGCAAACUUUGCAGGAGCUGCGACCCACGUUCUAACAGGUGUCACCCCGGGGUUAGAUACUUUCUUUACAGCAAAAGAUUCUAUGGAACUCCACAAAGGUGCAAAAACGGAGCUGGCAGCUAAAAUCCGAGAAGCCGUCAAUGAAAUGGAGCAAAUGAUUGACCAUUUCAACGAAAUGGUCAAGGCCCUAACU